AUGGCCUUAUCGGACGAUAUUCGGGUCGAUGCAGAAGAUCAUCACGGGUCGGUGAGCGAGCAUGAUCUCGCGCAGACCCUCCAACAGAUCGCAAGAGGCGAGAAGACGGCCGAGGCACUCGAGUCGAACCUCACGAGCCUGGAGAAGAAGAUUGACGACUUGCUCGCCAGCUUCGAGGAGACGGAGCGGAAGAUGUUGCAGGAGCAGGGGCAGGGGCAAGGGCAAGGGCAGGGGCAGGAGGCGGAGGAGGCCAAGGGGAAGCAGGCUGGUACUGGAGAGGGGAAGGAUAAGGGCAAGCCUUGA